UUUCCCCUAGCCUGUUGUAUUGAUUUGCUUUGGAGAAGCCUUAGGAAUAGAAUUCUAAUUGGAGCAGAUUGCAUUGCAUUGCAUUGCAUUGUUUGGCGCGAUUUGGUGGUUUGGAGGACCAAAAACUCAAUAAUAUCUAGUACAGAGAGAAGAGAAAAAAAAAAAAAAAAAAAAGAGAGAAUGGAAAUCGCUGCUCAGUUGAAGCGGGGGAUUUCCCGGCAAUUCUCCACGGGAUCGCUCACCAGUGGCAGAUUCAGCUUCAGGCGGCAGAACUCGUUGGAUCCGCGCCGCAACACCAUGCGCUUCAGCUUCGGCCGUCAGUCCUCCCUCGAUCCCAUCCGCCGGAGCCCCACCUUGCGCAGCACCACCGACCUCACCGUCCCCGAAAACCUCGAUUCCACCAUCCAGUUGUUGUUCAUGGCCUGCCGCGGAGACGUCAAGGGAGUCCAGGACUUGCUCGAUGAUGGCGUGGACGUCAACAGUAUUGAUCUCGAUGGCCGGACUGCUUUGCACGUUGCCGCCUGCGAAGGCCACGCCGAGGUCGUCAAGCUCUUGCUCACUCGCAAGGCUAAUAUUGAUGCUCGUGAUCGCUGGGGCAGUACGGCUGCUGCUGAUGCAAAAUACUAUGGAAAUGUAGAAGUUUACACUAUUUUGAAGGCUCGAGGAGCCAAAACUCCGAAAAUCAGGAAAACGCCAAUGGCUGUUGCAAAUCCUCGAGAUGUUCCGGAGUAUGAGCUCAAUCCACUAGAGCUGCAGGUUCGCAAAAGCGAUGGCAUCACUAAGGGGACGUACCAAGUUGCUAAAUGGAAUGGCACAAAAGUUUCUGUGAAGAUACUUGAUAAGGACAGUUAUUCCGACCCCGAAAGCAUAAAUGCCUUUAAACAUGAGUUAACUUUGCUAGAGAAGGUUCGGCAUCCUAAUGUGGUUCAGUUUGUUGGAGCUGUUACCCAGGAUGUACCCAUGAUGAUUGUCGUUGAGUAUCAUCCCAAAGGUGACCUAGGGUCCUAUCUUCAAAAGAAAGGGCGUCUGUCUCCAUCUAAAGCUUUGCGAUUUGCUCUUGAUAUUGCAAGGGGCAUGAAUUAUCUUCAUGAAUGUAAGCCAGACCCAAUUAUUCACUGUGAUCUAAAGCCUAAAAAUAUUUUGCUGGACUCUGGAGGCCAGUUGAAGGUAGCUGGAUUUGGUUUGAUAAAAUUGUCUAAAAUGUCUCCUGACAAGGCAAAACUAAUGGAGCCUGCUCAAAGUGAUCGAUCUAGUUUGUUUGUGGCACCUGAAACUUAUAAAGACGAAAUAUUCGAUAGAAGUGUGGAUGUAUAUUCAUACGGUGUUAUUCUUUAUGAGAUGUUGGAGGGAAUCCAACCAUUCCACCCCAAGUCUGCGGAAGAUGCUGCUAAGUUGAUGUGUUUGGAAGGAAAGAGACCAACAAUCAAGGGAAAAUCUAGAUCUUAUCCUCCAGAUAUGAAAGAGUUGAUUGAAGAAUGUUGGUCCCACGAAUCAGCAGUGAGACCGACUUUUGCUGAAAUCAUAGCACGAUUGGGCAAAAUUGUUGCAAAUGGCUCUAAAAAUGGAUCAUGGAAAGACACGUUUAAGCUUCCUUGGCUGUAAGAGGCAUUCAUCAGUUACACCACCACCAUAUACACGCAGGGGAAAAGCAAAACAGAAAUGAGCUAGGGGAUUAGUGUAUACAUACAACUCAAAAGAGAUUUUUGGAGCUGCAAUCAAAGGCUUCGGACAAAGACAGACUGGUGUGUCCAAUUAAGUUACUUACCACUACUGCUCCAUCAAUGUUUCAAGUACAGGCGGAGCUGGGACGGUUCCUUUCAAUGUAUAAUAAGAAAUAAAAAUAAAAAUGAAAAGCAAACCUAUUGUUACUGUACCCUGUUUUGUGCUUUAAUAAUUAUAUAACAAUCAUGUAUCAGACCCAACAACCAAUUAUUAAUUAGUUUGAAUUGGACGAGGCCAAGUUUUAGCUCACGUUAACAACAAAUAAUUUCGGUAAGCAUUAUUGUUUCCCUUUUCUUUUGGUCGUCUAACGUUGACGGUUCUAAGUUUGUUCCUAAGGUUAAAGAGAAAUAAAUAUUGUAAAUGCAUCCUCCAACA